AUGCCGAUUGAAGAUAUUGCACAUAGCCAAGUGUUUAUUGAUAUGAAGACAAAAAUUACCAGUUAUGGCCCACAUGAUGGUAUUAUUGUUCAUUGUGGUAUUCAACAGGAGCCAAAUAUGUUUUGGCCAUAUAUCUUAAAUAAUGCUCCAAACCCUUUAUCAAUUCAACCAUUUGAUGUAGCAGUACCAACAUUUGCUACAAUUCAUUCGCCAUCCAUAAUAGAGAAUAAUGGAGAUAAUAGAGAUAAUAAGAGGAACAAAAGCGUCUCAUAUCAAAUGCCAAAUCAGUAUUAUCAAUUAACUGCUAAAGAUGGCAUAUCACAUGAUAAUUUUAAUGCAUUUGAAAAAGAGCGCUUAAAUAUUGUCGAAAUGAAUCCAAUGAUAGACAAGAUUAGAUCAUCUGAUAUGGCAUUAACUUCUGAUGGCAAUUACAAAUUAGAUCCGAAUAGUACAACUUCCCAAAUGUCCAAUGGUGGUGUUUCAAGUAUGAGGAAGCUUCCAACAACAAUUGCGCAAAAAGUUAAUUAUCAUCGUGAUGUAGGAAAAGCAGCAAAAAAUGAUGCAUUAAAUUAUAAUAUGAGACCGGAAUCUAUGCUAAAUCCUUGGAGAAACGAGCAACCUACUUCAACUGCUCGAUUAGAUUCAAAUUUUAUCCCAAUGAAGGAAUCUUUUAAAAAAACAGCAAGAAGUUACGAACAGUGCAGUGAUCAUCAUAGUAAUGAAGUUGCGAAGUACGAUUAUAAUCAAAUUGAGGAAGAGUUUGCGAAUGAUCUUUAUUUGAGAAAAAUUCCUUCGAUGACAAUUAAUACAGAAGUAAUUGAUGAAAACACGAGCGGGCAGAGGACCAGUAACAGUAGAUUUUUGGGACAUUUAGUUGGCUCAUUUGCACAUCCCUCAAAUUAUCAACAGCAGCAGUAUAGAAAUAUACGGAAUAUAUGUGAAGUGAAGUCAAAUCACAGGAAAGUUCCGGAGCAACUCUUCCAUUUAUACGAAACACGAGAUGCCUUUGGAAAUUUACUGGAACAAUUUAAAGUGAAGAUUGAAAUGAGCGAAGAGAUUCAGCCUGGAUUGUUAUCGUUGAAUGCUCCAAAGAAAUGUCUCAGCACUGAUUAUGAUGAAAAUAACAGAAAUUUCGCAGAGAAUUUCGGUCUAUCUUUGAUUCCUGAAAAAUUCACAGCAAAAUCGAGAUUAAAAGAUGAUAAACAUACGAAAUCAUUACCACAAUAUUUUCAACACUAUUCUCAGCCUUCCACUGAUAUAUUCAAUGAUACUAACAUCUUGCGACAUGUUUGCUAUUCGCCAUAUGUUCGAUCAGCGCUUCCGACAUCGCUGAUUCCCAUUUCGUUGAAGAAAGUACAAGACAGUGUUACUGGUACGAAAUCAAGUGGAAUUGAUAUUUCUGCUAAUAGAAUCAGAAAUGAUUUUCCUGAAAAGACUAUAUCAGAACACUCAAAUGUUUCAAUGAAGAUUUGUCCAACUAUGAAUUUUCAACAACUGAAGGUGGCAGAUGAAAAAAGACCGUACAGGCAGGAAUUGGUGGAAAAAAAAGAAGAAAAUUUAGGAAACACUUUGGAAGAAUUGAGAAAUUGCGAUACGAAUACUUACAGCAUACGAAGUGCAGGGACGAUCCCAAUUAAGUCCAUUUUACACAUAUCACCUGGAAAGAGCAACUUGAGAAAGAAAGUUCGAUUUCCCAUGGAGUGGCCACGAGCAUUGGACCAUCGCCUUCUCAUUGAUGAUCUUUAUUCGAUAUAA